GUGCAUUGAGGACAGUUGUCGUCAGCACGGAGCGGAAGCAGGAAGUAGCAGCUAGCAGGAAGUAGCAGCUAGCAGUUCGAUAACAAAGACUCCACCAGACUGCUGAUUAUCGGUAAUAAUUAUCGAUCACUGUACCGGGAGGUUAAACGUCAGAUCAGACGGCGUGAGCCGUUUUUCUCGAACGAUGUCGCAGGAGCAGACAGUGUCUCUGGUUGAUGUUCUGGAGGAAGAUGAAGAGUUGGAGGAAGAAGCUUCAGCAGUUUUAGCAGGAAGUGACUCUGAUCACUGCUCAUACCCUCAGGGCUAUGUGAAGCGGCAGGCCCUAUAUGCCUGCAGCAGCUGCACACCAAAGGGAGGAGAGGCAGCCGGAGUCUGUCUGGCCUGCUCAUACAAAUGUCACGAAGGCCACAACCUCUUUGAACUCUACACCAAGAGGAACUUCCGUUGUGACUGUGGAAACAGGAAGUUCACAGACCUGCAGUGUAAACUCCAACUGGAGAAGGAGGAGGUCAACAGUCUGAAUAAAUACAGUCAGAACUUCUUUGGCGUUUACUGUACCUGCAGCCGGCCUUACCCAGACCCAGACGACCAGGUGGAGGACGAGAUGAUUCAGUGUGUGUUGUGUGAGGACUGGCUGCAUGGGCGGCAUCUGGGCUGUGUGGUUCCAGACAGUGUGGAGCUGCACGAGAUGACCUGUGAAUCCUGUAUGAACAAAACCUCUUUCCUCUGGACUUACGCUGCUCAUCUGUCAGUUCCAGGUGCAGCAGUUCAGUUGAAGGAGGAAAGUGAAGCAGACGAGUCAAACAGAAACCUUCCUCACAAAGAAGAAACGGUGGAGGAAGUCAUCGAGCCCAGCUGUAAGAGAAGCCGCGAGGAGGCGGAGCCGAGCUGCAGACUGAAGGAGCUGCAGGCCAUUGAUCAGAAAAGAGUCCAAUCAGGAGCCGUGUUCUGGCCGUCAGGGUGGCGUUCCAAGCUCUGCUCCUGCACCACCUGCAAGGAGCGUCUGUCUGAAGCCGGCCUGUCCUUCCUGUUGGACGAGUCUGACACCGUCCUCGCCUACGAGAACAAAGGAAAGAACAAUGAACAGAGACAGCCGGGACACGACCCCCUGAUGUCUGCGCUGGACCACCUGAACCACGUGCAGCAGCUGGAGAUCAUCCACGGGUACAAUGACAUGAAAACAGAACUGAAGGACUUCCUGCAGAGAUUUGCAGAAGACGGAAAGGUUGUGACUCCUGAUGACAUCCGUCAGUUCUUCGAGCAGCAGAGUCGAAAGCGACGACGAGAUGAUGCUGGAUGCUUCUUCCCUACCUGAAGACCUUGAAAUGACCUUUUAACUUUUGUCUUCUUAGUUUUCUGUCUUCAGUUUACUUUGAAGCUGUCAGACUUCCUGUGUUUAAUGUGGUAUUUCUCAGUGGUCACCAACAUGGAUGUCUCCAUUUCUUUUUUAAUAAAACUCAGCUGAACAAUGA